AUGCAAGAUCUCGUUUGUUCUAGUGUCAUAAAAGACGUAUUUGAACUUGGCUACAUGCGAAGCAUCCGUGCUGUUCUUGACACGAUUGCGCAGUGGCCCAACGCAACGUUCGGCAAGCUCGACCGGCGCACGCGCUUCCUAGAGUCGUACAAAUACGUCAUCGUGGCGGCGCAGCUCCUCGCACAUAUACCUGUGCUGCUCUAUUUGAAGAAAUACAUCCAAACCAUUAGUUUUAUUGAUAAAGGACAGCUUUAUUGUAACAUAUUCCUGACAGCUUUAUUUGUCCAAAGAGCAUCGCUACCUUUUCAGAAGGAUUAUCGGAACACUGUGAAAAAGUUUUGUUUGGAGUUUCAUUUAAAUAAUAACGAAUAUAAAAGUGAAUUCGCCAAACAGGAAACUCGUAGAGUCAAUACACUUUGCAAGUACGUCACCAGGAUAAUUCUUUGCCAACUGUACGCUGGGAUACUUUUCUAUAAUUUCGUGCCCCUCACCUUAAAUAUAUAUAUGGGAAUGUUCUCUACUCCCAUCCCAGAGAAUAAAACAUUCGUUCACUCUGUGGACUACCUAUUGCCUUUCGACGCAUACACCGAUGCUAGGGGCUACUUAGUAAUAUUCUUCUUUAACUGGUUCCCAUCUUACAAUAUACCCACUGCGAUGUGCUCUUACGAUCUCUUGAUUUUCAUAAUGUGUUUUCAUAUUUCUGGCCAUUUGAAUAUACUCUCGCAUAGCCUAAAAACUUUUCCACGGCCGAAAGUAGUCAGUAGUUCUGAGGAGACUGGGCUGUACAAUAUACGAGAAGAUAAGAGAGAAAUGUUGAUUGCAUUAAAAAGUGUAAUCGAUCACCACAGAGUGAUUAAGAAGUUCAUGACACACAUGUCUGAAACAUUCGACGUGACAUUAUGCUUCUAUCUCGCUUUCCAUCAAGUGAUGUGCUGUUUGAUGUUGUUGGAGUGUUCUACCAUGGACCCUAAAGCACUUGGAAAAUAUGGAAUACUGGCCGGGGUCAUAUUCCAACAACUAAUCCAAACUUCAGUGGUAUUUGAAUUAAUUCACUCAAAGACCGAAACUCUCGGAGAUCAAGUGUAUUCGAUAGCUUGGGAAGACAUGGACAUAAAGAAUAAGAAAAUCUUCCUAAUGUUUCUGAACCACGUGCAGAAGCCGUUUGGUAUGAAGGCCUGCGGGAUCGUGCAUGUCGGGGUGCUGACUAUGUCCGCGAUUUUAAGGACAUCGUUUUCAUAUUUCAUAAUGUUACGUACUCUAAACCAAGAAAAGUAG